AUGACAGCCGGCUCUGAUAGAUCCUCGCGGAUCCUUGUGACUGGGGGCGCUGGCUUCCUCGGCAGCUAUUUGGUGAAGUCGCUACUAAGUACCGGCCACGAAGUCGUCGUACUUGACAACGGCUGUUUGAAGAAUCUGGAAGAAGUCAACUCGAAUCCGCGGCUCGAGAUCAUCCAAGCGAGCGUCACCUCCCCCUUCCCCUCGCACAUCCAAGCCUCACGCAUCUACCACCUCGCCUGCCACGCCAGCCCAAAACAAUUCGGCCUCAGACCCCUCGAGAUCCUCGAAACAUGCUACGUCGGGACCAAGAACGCCCUCGAAGCAGCCCGCAAAUGGAACGCUCGCAUCCUCCUCGCAAGCACGUCAGAAGUCUACGGCAACCCCCAGGUCUGUCCCCAACCGGAGACGUACAAUGGCAAUGUGAAUUGCUUUGGUCCCAGAGCAUGCUACGACGAGGGCAAGAGAGUUGCGGAAGCGCUGGCGUAUGCUCAUCGUGAGCAAUCUGGCGUGGAUGUGAGGAUAGCGAGGAUCUUCAAUGUGUACGGGCCUGGCAUGCCUGCGAGCGAUGGACGAGUCGUGUGCAGUUUCGUCGAUGCUGCGAUCAGUUCCAGGGAUUUGGUCAUCACGGGGAGCGGCGCUGCGAGUCGAUGCUUCCAGUAUGUGGACGAUUGUGUGGCGGGCGUACGAUUACUCAUGGAGAGUGCCUGGUCUCAAGGGCCUAUGAAUAUUGGAUCUGAGACCGAGACAACCAUGGCGGAGUUGGCUGAAAUCGUGCUGCAAAGGGUAGCAGCUCAGAGACACGGCCGAAGAUCGAAAAUCGUUUACGAUGGAGCAGUGAAGGAUGAUCCGCAACGCAGAAGGCCAGACUGCAGUCUUGCGAAACGAGUGCUAGGAUGGGAACCGUGUGUAUCCUUGGAAGACGGCACUGAUCGAACAGUUGCGUGGUUUCUCGCCUCUGAUGAAAACGAUAGGUGA